AAUAUGACCUGGCGUUGAGCGAACUGGUCGGACUACUUUUCGUUUACAUAAAGCAGCGGGCCACUACUGGGACGCAGUCCAUUGUCUCCAGGGUCCCGUAAUAAACUUUGACCAACAUAACUGCGGCACCGCAGUGCGCGCGCUGUCGCUGGCUGUUCUCGAGUGUGACAGAAAAUUCCGGAAUGGAUGUGAAGAACCUGAAGGAGUACCUGUGCUGGCUGUACUACCAGUACCUGCUCAUCACGGGGAUCUACGUCCUGGAGCCGUGGGAGCAGUCCAUCUUCAACACGGUCUUCUUCACCAUGGUCGCCAUGGUGAUCUACACGUCCUACGUCUUCGUGCCCAUCCACGUGCGCCUGGCGCUGGAGUUCUUCUCAGGGCUGUGUGGGGGGCAGGAGGAGAGCACGGUGGCCCUCAUGAACUAACGGGGGCGUGUCCCUAGGA